UAUGGCAAAAUUGUUCAACUCAUCAAAAUAAACGUAUUUCGUUCCAUCUGCUCUUCUGCUGUAAACCUACACGAAUCAAUGGCCGCCUGCGUCCACUGUUCAAAUGGCGGAACGUGUGUAUUUUACGGCCCGGAAACGGAAGAUUACACAUGCCGAUGCCCUCUUGGCUUUCGGGGCCGGCACUGCGAAACAGUGGAGAACACCUGCGAAAGUCAGUUUUCCAAGCCCUGUCCACCGGGAGCACGCUGCAUCAGUGCCCCGGGGACCUAUUAUUGUCGUUGCCCACCGGGACAGACCAUGCUGCAGUUUGAGUGUGUACGCAAACUGAACUGUGCAGAUAAUCCGUGCCAGAAUGGCGGCAGUUGUUUUACUGUUCCUGGAGAACAUCGGGACUACAAAUGUCAGUGCAACUUGGGUUUUCAAGGAGUCGAUUGCGAAAAGGUCAUUCUCGAGUGUACGACAAACUACUGUGGCCCCCACGGACUGUGUAUCGCCACGCAAACCGGACCGAAAUGCCAGUGCUUAUCGCCGUACUACGGCGCAAAAUGCGAGCACAUAUCCCGGCAUCCAAACCUACUGACGUCAGCCAGCGCGCAAAAUAAUUCUCUGGACGACACCAUUCGCUCAUAUGAAACGCUGGAACUGUUCUCCGUCUCGGCUGCGAUUUUCUUGGGAAUAUUUUUGUGUGGAUGUUGUAUUCUAUGCGCCUAUAUUGGCGUCAGGCGCUAUCAACUUUAUGACCUCAAAGGAAGAGCAAAUGUGUGGAAUGUUGUCAAAGAUACAUGUUGCUGUCGGUCCUUUGACGACACCCACAUAACUGUUUAUAAAGAAAUUCGACCUUCGCGGAAAGAGCACAAACUAAGCGAAAGGUUCCAACGCAUGCAGUGGAAAAUUGAUAAAGCGCUAGAGAACGAAGCCAAAGACCUCCGAGCGCUGACCGCUCACCUGGACCGUUCUAAACAAUUACGAAGGGGGAUGCGGAACAGUUUGGAAGAAGCCCAGCAGCUGAUCACCUCCGUCUGAAACCAGCUGCGAAACUGUGUCGUUCCUGUGUUAACGAAGUGUGAUAUCUUUAUUUUCUGUAUUGGGAAUCUAUUAGGAUGAAUUUUACAGCAGCAGUGCUCUCUUGGUUCCAUUAUCUUCUUAGUUUGUUACUAAUAAUUGCUCGUUAUUAAGAGAAGAUCUGUAUACUACGCCCGAUCAACCAUACUUUCAGAUCUCGCU